AUGAGUUACGUUGUACGGCGCAAAGAUCUCGUCCGGGUAUUUCCGAUUUUUGGAGUCUUUAGACUCCACUUAGGUUUUCACGGUAUAUUACACUAUAUUCAACUGUACACAUCAAACAUACUGCGUCUUUUUUUCUUUUCUUUGAUCUUAUUUUUCUUCCU